AGCUGGAGGCUGCUUGAAUUCUCACAAUUGUUAUUUACCAUCCACCUCGGCAUUAUUAUCGCCUCACCCGCAGACUCCGUAGCGGAAUAUUCACCGUUCGGACUCCCCGCCAUUCCUUCCUUGCAACUUUCAACACUCGCUCAAUUAUAACCACAAUGCUUCCGCUUGGCCUGCUAACGGCCGCGCAAGGCCACCCUAUGCUUGUCGAGCUCAAAAACGGCGAAACCCUGAACGGGCACCUUGCCAAUUGCGACAACUGGAUGAACUUAAUACUCAGAGAGGUUGUCCAGACAAGCCCAGAAGGCGACCGCUUCUUUAAACUCCCCGAAGUCUACGUCCGCGGAAACAAUAUCAAAUAUCUACGGAUUCCCGAAGAAAUAAUCGAAAUGGUCAAGGAACAGCAGCAGAACCAGCCUCAACAUCGCAACCGUGGGCCUCGCGAGGGUGGACGGGGCGAUCGUGGCGGUCGUGGUGGUCGCGGCCGUGGGCGCGGGCGCGGUCGGGGUGGAAACUAGAGAUAAAGACUGGCUUUUUGUUGUGAUGGAAGAGCGGAGACAAUGAUAGAUACCCUGGAGAUAGCUGCGGAGGAUUCGUUGGCGGGUUCAUGAGCAUGGCCUGGCGUAUCUGGUUGUUUUUUCGAUGGGAGCUUGCCAUGUACCUUUAUUGCUAUCAGCAUCAAUUUAUGAUCCACAUGGAAAUGAAAAACGAUAUCAGCUAUGCAACUAGUGCUAAUAUCUACUAGACAUGAG